AUGGCGCGUAGCAGAGCGCGCUCAGACGACGAUGAACCUGACGUCAUGGACGUCGACAGCGUCAGCUCAGGAGUGACAGACGUCACGCUGGCGGCCACGGCUGCCGCAGUGGAGCGGUAUGUUGCCUUCCAACAGGUCAGUGCUAGCGGAGUUGGGUUUGCGCGGUUGCCUGAAGCUUUGCAGGGGAACGUUCCUGCUGCUACAGGCGUCGAGCGUGAGCAUGCCACACACAAGCAAGAGGUUGCUGCAGCCCACGAGCUUGACGCGAACUUUGACAGAAUCAGCUUGUUCUUGAAACGCGCUUCAAUUGCCAAAGCCGUCAGCUGGAUUGUCCACUGCAUGCUCUGCACUUCCUUCACCUUCGCCGUUGACGCCGUAGACUUCACCUUCGCCUUUGACGCCGUAGACUUCUUUGAGCUUUGUUUCUUUGCAUUGGGCUAUGUGGUGGCGGCGCCAUCUGUGUCCACUGUGUUACCCGACGUCGGCUUCGUCUUCACCUUGGUGGUCUUGCGAGUGGAGUUCUUCGGGUCGGACUGGUUACGCCGACUGUUGGCCUUCUUCUUGGCGGCUCUGCGCCCAGUUGCUUUGGCCGUUGAUGCUGCAACUUGA